AUGUCUCAAUUUUCGCUCACUUUGGCUACCAAGGCCAACCAGGCUGCCCUGCUGCCUGUCCUCCUCGUCGCGACUUCUGUCAACGAAGCCCGACCCACUCCGAUCAUCGCCGUCAAGUACGAGGAUGCCGCAACCCUCCAGCAGGGCGACAAGGCCAUUGUCGAGUUUAUCGGUGCCAGUGGCUCCCCCGUCUAUGGUGCGCAGAAUGCCCUCCAGGAGUUGCGCACCACUUUCCCCUUUUUGAACAGCAAGGAGGAGAAACUCGAAAACGACUGGCUCUCCGAACUCGACGCCUUCACCUCUCUCGAUUUCAAGGCCAUUGACCCCAAACUCCAACAACUCAACAACCACCUUAUCCUCCGCUCCUUCGUCGUCGGAUAUGCACUCUCCACCGCCGACAUUGCUCUCUGGGGUGCUCUCCGAGGAAACCGCGUUGCUAUCGGUGCUAUCCGCAAGGGUGCGUUGGUCAACUUGACCCGCUGGUUCACCUUCUUGGAGGAGCUCUGCCCGUGGGCAAUCGCUGCUCUUGAGGCUUUGAAUGCUUCCGCUAAGGAGAAGAAGACCGCCAAGGCCAAGGAGGGCGCCAGCUAUGACAUUGCUCUUCUCAACACCGACAAGGGCGUGGUCACUCGAUUCCCUCCUGAGCCUUCAGGAUACCUUCACAUCGGUCACGCCAAGGCUGCUCUUCUCAACGACUACUUUGCCCACGAAAAGUACAAGGGAACCCUGCUUGUCCGCUUCGACGACACCAACCCCUCAAACGAGAAGCAAGAGUUCCAAGAUGCUAUCAUGGAGGAUCUCGCCCUGAUGGGUAUCAAGCCUGAUAAGACGAGCUUCACCAGUGACUACUUUGACGAGCUCUACGAGUACGGUCUCCAGAUCAUCAGGGAGGGAAAUGCCUACGCGGAUGACACCGACAAGGAGACCAUGCAGUCUCAACGCAUGAACGGAGAAGCCAGCAAGCGCCGCGACGCUUCGGUCGAGGAGAACCUGGCUCGCUUUGAGGAGAUGAAGAAGGGUACCGAGGAGGGUGUCCGCUGGUGCAUCCGUGCCAAGAUGUCGGUCGACAACCCCAACAAGGCCAUGCGCGACCCUGUCAUCUACCGCUGCAACCCCGCCCCUCACCACCGUACCGGUGAAAAGUGGAAGAUCUACCCCACCUAUGACUUCUGCUGCCCCAUCGUCGACGCUAUGGAAGGCGUCACCCACGCCCUCAGAACCAUCGAGUACCGUGACCGCAACCCCCAGUACCAGUGGUUCCUGGACACGCUCAAGCUCCGCCACGUUCAGAUCUGGGACUUUGCCCGCAUGAACUUUAUCCGCACCCUCCUCUCCAAGAGAAAGCUCACCAAGCUUGUCGACCAGGGCGUUGUCUGGGGCUGGGACGAUCCUCGUUUCCCCACCAUCCGUGGUAUUCGUCGCCGCGGAAUGACCAUUCCCGCUCUGCGCGAGUUCAUCCUCAAGCAGGGACCCAGCAAGAACAUUGUCAACCUCGACUGGACCCUCUUCUGGGCCACCAACAAGAAGUACAUUGACCCCGUUGCUCCUCGCCACACUGCCGUCCUCAAGACCGGCCUCGUCAAGGCUACCAUCAAGGGCGGCCCCGCCGAGCCCUACACCCUCGAGAAGCCCAAGCACAACAAGAACCCCGACGUCGGCACCAAGAAGGUCACCUUCAGCAGCUCCGUCCUCUUCGACCAGGAAGACGCCAAGAGCUUUAAGCAGGACGAGGAAAUCACCUUGAUGGCCUGGGGCAACGCCUUUGUCCGCAAGAUCGUGACCGACGCCUCUGGCGCCGUGACCGAGCUCGAGCUUGACCUGAACGAGCAGGGCGAUUUUAAGAAGACCGAGAAGAAGGUCACCUGGUUGUCCGCGGACCAGGACCUCGUUGACGUCGAGCUCGUCGACUUUGACUACCUCCUCAACAAGGACUCUCUGCAGGAGGACGACCGCCUCGAGGACGUCCUCAACCCCAAGACCGAGUUCCGUGAGGCUGCCGUGGCAGACAGUAACGUUGCUUACCUCAAGGAAGGUGAUAUCAUCCAGUUCGAGCGCAAGGGCUACUACCGUCUUGACUCGCCUUCUGCGCCGGGCAAGCCUGCUGUUCUGUUCAAUAUACCCUCUGGUAAGACCGGUAAAUAG